AUAGCCCGCGACGGAGCGACCGUCAGUGUAAAUCAAAAUGGCGAGUGUGACGAUGGUUCGCGACGGCUGGCAGCGUAUUUUGACCGUGCUCGCAAUUUUCUGAACGGGACACACGUUAUAAUGUGAACCACGUGAUUCGCGUGAACACUCGCGGCGACUGUAGAAUCGACAUUCCGCUCGUCGGAGGAGCCGUGACGCUUUUUUCUACAAUAUAACAUCGUCCAUCCGCACCAGUGCGACCAGACGUCCGCAGACAUCGAACACCCUUCUGUUUCGGUUGAUCAACGGGGUGACAUCGGCGUGUGAAAUUUCCCAAAGCUAAAAAUACAUCCAGAUGACGCGAUGACGCUACAUUGGUGGAUGCAUUGGUUCUGGGUUACCGCGCAAUUUCUUGUGAUUCUUGGUAGUCCCUUGCCGUCUACCACAUCGAUCCCCGUCAGCCAGCCCCUGCCGUCCCCGGGAGCGACGUCCGCGACGUCGGUCGAGACCCAGGAUAUCUAUCGUACGUCGAAAUCGCCCAGGCCGGGUUUCCGCAUCGCCAAGGCCAUCGGUCCUCUGUAUCCUCUGACGAAUACGGCCGUGGCGGCUGACAGACAGCAACUCGUCACGACCAUCGCCUCGCCACCGCUGGAACGUGGAAGUACGGUUGGUGCGAGCGUCCGCGAGGCCGUCGAGUUGAACAACCGCGAUAAUAUUUCCAGCGUCGAGCCGCUGAGCACGGCGACGACGCCGCAGCGCGCCACGGAGAGCGUCGAGAGGAUCAGAAGCUCGACCACGAAGAAGGACAGCAAGAUCACGUGGAUCCUGACGACGAACAAGUCGUCGGGCAGAUCCAAGUACGAUCAGGAGGAGAAGAACCAGUCGGCCAGCGCCGUCGGCAGGAACGUCACCUUCGAGGAGGAGGAGAAGGAGGUCGAGGAUUUCACCGUGCUACCUCUUCAGGAAGAAAUGUCCAAGACCGAGCUGAUGAACAGGACGAGGUCCUCGUUCAUAGCGUCUUUAUCCGCAGCCGGUGCUGUUGGCAGCGCCGCGAUCAGGACUUUCAAUCGGUCCGACGACGAGGUCGAGAUCGACGAAGAGGUCGCUCAGACGCAGCACUUUGCCACGGCGGCGUCUGUCCUCGAAGUUGGCGUGAGCGAAUCCACUCGCCUGAGCAGAGCGAGAAACACUUUCAUCACGAAGAACUUCCAGAGCGAUAGUAUACACGGCAACAAUCUAGCUUCCGAUUAUACUGAUACCGGUAACAACAGCGACAACGCCGAGGAGCAAGGCUCCGCGGGAACGUCCGUCGCGGGCAUAGCCGCUAUUACGGGCAGCUGUUUGGCGACUGUCGCCCUACUCAGCACGAUGGGUAGUCUCGGAUUUAUUAUAUACAGGCGCAGGUACUUGAAUCCUCCGCAAACGCUGAACAGUGAUAAAUGCAGCAACCCCGAUAGCUCCGGUUACAUCGAUGACUCCACUAUUCGCGAUAAUUCGGAAGAAAUGUACAGUUUGGAUAACGACUCGUUCCUAAAUUCGCUAGAGGCGAUGACAAUACAGAACUACUGGACGGACAGUGUGAAGCAUACGAAGCUAUGACAAAAGAAGAUAACCCACCCCGGAAGGAGGAUCGAAACGUUCAAUAUUUCCGAUGGCGAAGCGCACGAGCAAAUCUCUUUGCUCGAGCAAUAGUACUUACACGUCUGAGACAGGCGUAUUCCAGCUGUCGCGCAAAAAGUUUCGUCCCACCGUGUAUUCGAGGGCGACAAGUGUGCAAUGUUCGUACGAGAAUCGUUUAAUCAGUCCUAAUGGCCUGCGUCGAACGUAAGCUACCUUGAACGUUACCAUUGUACGAUCUAAAGAAUUGUAGAUCAAAAUUGCGAGACGACGCGCGGCCUACGCUCGUCGUUGCUCGAACGUUGAUUUCCGCCACUUCCAUCGUUUCUAUAUAUUUUUCUACGACGCAUGCGGUUGGCAAAGUCGCACACAUCGCUGGAAGUGGCGCAAUUAUUCUUGAAUAUUUCCAUUAACGAUUCUAGCGCAAUAAAAUAAAAAAAAUCGAUGUACUUUAUUAAUAAAUUAAUAUUAACGCUAUUCUAGAGAAGUAAGUACAAAUAUAAGACUAUAUUAGUCCAUAGCUCGAGUUUCCGCUAAUAAUAUUAAAAAUAAAAAUAACAAGAAGAAGAAGAAUUUAAUAAGAAUAUUGAAGUAAUUCCUAGGAGUAUUUAUAGUACAAUACCUCCAAUGAUGCGAAUUGGAACUCGUAUGUACAACAUUGUACUUACUAAUGUCUUUUUAACCUUGGAUUGUACGUCCGUAUUUCCUACAAGUUUCACUUUGAAAAUUACAUCACGAUUAGCUCGGCCAUAUUGACAGUUGCUUAAUCGAAUAGCUGAAAUAUUUUCGGGGGAUUGGAUUUACGGAAGAUCGGACCAAAUCAUACGUAGAUCUAGCUUUAUGCCUUUUUGACAUAUCCAGCAGGAAAUAUUAAUUCAUGUUUUCCAUUAACGAACUUAGCUUGUAUCUAUGUACAUAUAUAUACCGUUGUAACGUUUCGUGUAUAGAUGUGCAAAAUUGGCGUCGCAACGACGAGGCGCGAUUAAUUUUAAGUAGCUUUAGCGUUUAUCCAGAUAUAUUUCUAUACAUCCGAAGGGGGAAAAAGACAGAGAAUUCCAUUGUGAUAGAUCGUAGCGUUUAAUAAGUGUAAAAUGAUCACCCGCUCGUUUAUGGUUAUUAACGGUUGUGAAUAAACAUGUUCGUGCGUUACUACCGUCCCUUCCUUUUAUUCGUAGGCUUUAUUUUCUACCGCGUUUGAUUGUUUCGAUUUGAUUUCAACGAUCAAUGUUUUUAUGCGUUUAUAUUUAUGAUGCUUAUUUUAUUGUAAUACAUGUAAAUAUCGUUUUUAUUAUUUGUU